CUCUCUCUAACGCUUCUUCUGCUCAUUGCUUCUCCUCCCACCCCAGUCUACAAACAAGUCUCCAAACAUGGCUGUUUCCAUAUUCCUGCUGUUAAUUCUGGCCAUGUCUGGUGUUUCAGAUGCCGCUUGGUGUGUCUGUAGAUCUGAUAUGAGCACCACAGCUCUGCAAAAGACACUGGACUACGCGUGUGGAGCUGGGGCUGACUGCACUCCGAUUCUACAAAAUGGGGCGUGCUACAACCCCAACACAGUGCUUGCCCAUUGUUCCUAUGCUGCCAAUAGCUACUACCAGGGGAAGGGGCAGACACAAGACGCCUGUAACUUUGCUGGCACUGCGAUGCUCACCUCAACUGACCCAGGAGGAAAUGGUUGCACCUAUCCUGCAAGUACCAGUGCUGCAGCGUCUUCAACAAGCACAAGCACCACUCCAAGCUCGACCACCACCACUGGAACCACAGGGACUGGAGGAGUCCUGGGAGGACUAGGCCCCACAGGAACAAAUAGCUUUGAUGGCAGUGAUGGGUGCUUGAUUCCAAUCCAAUGGAUUGCAGCUCUCUUCCUCACUAUUCUCCUCUCCUCCUUGGUGUUGUUGAAGAUUUGACUUGAAGUAUUUUCUACUGGGAAUCAGUGCUUUUUACUGUGGUGAGUGUUCUGAUGAGUGGAUGAGAGACUGCAAGCAGCAUGUGACUUGGUGGUGUAUUCAUGCAGAGAGGCAUUACCCCACUAGAGACUGUUUGUCUAAUGGCAACAUAGGAAGUCUUUGGUUCCUUUUGGGUAGUAGGUUUAAUGAUGCCUUCUUCUUCAUGAACCAUUGCUUUCUUUCUUCUACUUGUUAGAUUUAGGGAGGCAGUGCUUUAUUGAUUGAAAGAGGCUAUGAGUGAUCUCCCCGUUUAGUUUAGUGUGCUGUUAGUGUUGAUGUUAAUGGACAUGUUUAGCUGCCA